AAGAAGCGGGCCGCAAAGGACCCCAACGCCCCGAAGAAGCCGCUGACGUCGUACAUCCUCUUCUACAACCACCUGCGGUCCUCCGUCGCCGAGAAGAACACGGAGCUCUCGCAGGUGGACAUCGCCAAGGAGAUCGCCCGCCAGUGGAAGGAGAUGUCCGAGAGCGACAAGAACUACUGGAAGGGCAUCUACGAGAAGGACAAGGUCAAAUACGACCAGGAGAUGGUCAAGUACAACGCCACG